AUGGGGAAAACGGGGGCCAACUGUGAAGAACUCCAGGAGGGUCGCUGCGAAUUGGUCUUGUACCAACGCUCUAACAACUACGCCACUCGCACAUUGGAUACUGAGUAUGAAUCUCCAAAUGCCCCUCUCAGAAUCCACUGUAAAUCCACACCGUUUGCAGAAUGGUGCCAGCUGGACCCCAAGGAUGCCACAAAGGUGCCGGAGAGCAUCUGGAAGCUCCUCUACUACCUGUUCUCUUGGUCGUACAGUACUUACCUGCUCUUCUUCACCGGCUACCCCUUUUUCUACGACCCGCCCUCCGUCUUCUAUGAUUGGAGGAAGGGCAUGGACGUGCCGACAGACAUCGCCGUGGCCUACUUGAUGCAGUGCAGCUUCUAUUGCCACUCGAUCUACGCCUCCCUCUACAUGGACGCCUGGCGCAAGGACUCGGUGGUGAUGCUCAUCCACCACGUGGUCACCCUUGUCCUCAUUGCCCUCUCCUAUGUCUUCAGGUACCACAACGUGGGCAUCCUCGUGCUCUUCCUUCAUGACAUCACCGACGUUCAGUUGGAGUUCACCAAGCUCAACGUUUACUUCAAGUACCGUGGAGGGGUCUAUCACCCCCUGAACGACUUCAUCUCAAACAUCGGUUGCGUCUCCUUCAGCAUCAGCUGGUUCUGGUUCCGCCUCUACUGGUUCCCCCUCAAGGUGCUGUAUGCCACCUGCCACUCCAGCCUCCGCUCCGUGCCCAACAUCCCUUUCUACUUCUUCUUCAACGCUUUGCUCUUCAUCCUCACGCUGAUGAAUCUCUAUUGGUUUACGUACAUCGUCCUCUUUGUGGUGAAGAUCUUGAUGGGACAGGUGGAGGAGGUGAAUGACGUGCGGGAGUAUGACGCCGACGCCGGGAGGAAGGCCGCAGACCUCCAGAAGAACGACGAGAAGCUGCACUGGAAGGAAAGGAAACACCUCAUGAACGGGAUCGUGAAGGACAAGCGCCUUUGAGAGGGGAACGGACGCGCCCCGGGGAAGGACUUGCCCAGCCCUGCAGCCCCCUGCCUCCUUCGCUCGAGCCCCAGCCAGUUUGGAGAGCUUCCGGCGUGGUCCUGCCCCUCGUUUAAUAGGGAGAGCUGGAAGGGGGCGGCCUUCGCGGGGGGCACUGCCUCACGCUCGGCUGGGGUUCCUUCAACGGCACACGUGCGCGACGGGCUGGAGCGAACUGUCGGGUGACUUUUUCUUUGCACUGGUCAGGUGGGAACAGGGUGUUUUUCUUUACAGGCAGGAGAGGACGGAGGACCCCCCCCCGUCUCCCCCUACACUGCCCCAUGUGCAGGAGGGCGUGGCCAAGACCAGCCCUGCCCCCCCUGGAUCCUUUGGUUAAGGACGGGCACAAGGCGGCGGAGGGGUUUCCUCUCCGCUGUCACCGCUGGAGCCCUGAUUGGCUGAGAGAAAUGAGAGGGAGGGCCGCCCGUCACUCCAGGAAACCAAUCGCUGUGGAGAACCGAUGAAGUUCUGGCCCCCGUUUACUGUGGCUGAAGAGGAGGAAGGCCCUGCAGAACUGCUCUCUCUGUUUCUCUCUCUGUCUUUCUCUCUGUGGCCCUUUGAUGUAUUUUUUGGGAUAUGUCUUCUGCCCUUGCCCUGUUUGGAGAGAAGAUGUCCAUCUGUCCCUCCCCUUGGGAUACGUGUAAAUGGAUGAGGAAUCAUAGAGAGUGACCACUGGAGAAGUAGCAAACUCGUUCGGGAAAUUUCCUUUUAAAAAAAUGUUUUGUUUGUCUACGUAAGUGUAUUUCGGCCGUCAAAAGUGAGCAGGUUACUGAGGGGGGGGGGAGACGGUGAAGGAAAUCGACUGCUGUGAACGUUGUCUGUGGUCUGUAAAUAUUUGUGCUCGACUAAUGGGGUACGAAAAGGUCACUCCACGCAUCCUGCUCGACCUUUUGAUGCGUUGGCACCACUGGGGCAAAGCCUCACAGAGGCCGGCGGAACCUCCACGGGCAGUGACAGUCUUUCUGCAAAAUAGCAGGUACCAGGGAGGACAGGCGCCUUUCUUGCUGGAAGCCUCCGUCCAUCCGUAGCCCAAAAGCAGCUGUACCUUCCAGGCCUCAUCCCGCCUACUAUUUUGCUCCGUCCACAAGCUCCAUGGAAUGGGAAGGGAACCCAGGCGGGGCGAUUUGGUCUCUUGGAAUGGUCUGCCCCAAGGCCAGAACGUCAGCCACAAAUUACACCUGCCAGAUUUAGAAACGGCUUUGCUCUCUUCCCUGCCGGCAAAAUCAAGCGGCGAGUUACUACUUCUAUAUUCCUUUCCAGACUGUUGAUGUGCCGGCAAUCUCAUCGUAAUGAACUGUCAGGUACCAGGAACCUCAUGUGAGGUUGAGGAGGCAGAGGCAGAGACUGAGAGAGAGAGCGCGCAUCCCCACGAGUUAGCAUUAAUCCUGUUGCGGAGCUUAGGGCCGGCCCUACGCUUGGGCAGACAUGGGGACCAAAUUUGGGAGUGCUGUUCAAAAGAAGAAGAGGCGAUUGGAUUUAUACCCCCCGCCCUUCGCUCCCCAGAGGAGUCUCAGA